AUGUCUCCCAGACCUUCUGGUGACAUCGAGACGGCCGAUCUUGACAAGUCUUACGUGGACAAUGUCGAGGUCGUUGCCAAUGCCGACAAGCCCAACCCGAGGAAGGAAGCACCGGCCUACGUCGCUGGCUUGACGCCGGAGGAGCGUGAGACGGCCGAGAAGGCGCUUGUCCGCAAGAUUGAUAUCCGCCUGUUGCCCAUGAUCAUUAUCAUGUACAUCCUCAACUACCUGGACCGCAACAACAUUGCUUCGGCCCGUUUGGCGGGUCUCGAAGAGGAUCUCGGUCUUGUCGGCGACCAGUACCUGACCUGCGUUAGCAUCUUGUUUGUUGGUUACUUGUUGAUGCAAAUUCCGUCAAACUUGAUGCUCAAUAAGUUCGGCAAGCCGGCUCUCUACCUGCCCUUGGCUAUGAUGGCGUGGGGUGUCAUCUCGACUCUCACUGCGGCUGCUCGGAACUACGCUGACCUCGUGGUUAUUCGAUUCUUCCUCGGUUUCGUCGAGGCUGCCUACUUCCCUGGCUGCUUGUACUUCCUUAGUGCCUGGUAUACCCGGAAGGAACUGGGCUUCCGUACCGCUGCCCUCUACUCCGGUUCUUUGCUUUCGGGUGCUUUCUCCGGUUUGAUUGCGGCCGGUAUCACCGACAACAUGGACUACGUCAAGGGUCUCCGUGCCUGGCGCUGGCUGUUCAUCAUCGAGGGUGCCGUCACAAUUGUGAUUGCCUUUGCCUCCAUCUUCAUCCUUCCCAACUUUCCCCGUACCACUAGUUGGCUCACCGAGGAGGAGAGGGAACUUGCUGUGUGGCGUCUGGAGGAGGAUAUCGGUGAGGAUGAUUGGGUCGACAGCGAGCAGCAAUCCUUCCUAUAUGGCUGCAAGCUGGCUUUCACUGACAUGAAGACCUGGGUUCUGAUGCUCAUGAUCCUGUGCAUCGUUUCUUCCGCCUCCGUCACCAACUUCUUCCCGACAGUCGUUGAGACCCUUAACUACAACAAGAUCACCACCCUCCUCCUGACUGCUCCGCCCUACUGCUUGGCCGUCAUCUGCGCAUUUGGCAACGCCUGGCACGCUGAUCGCUCCGGAGAGCGCUACUUCCACGUCACUCUGCCUCUGUACGUCUCCGUUGCGGCCUUCAUCAUCGCUGCCGCCACUACCGGCGUCGCUCCACGCUACGUCUCGAUGAUGCUGAUGGUCCCGUCCUUCUACUCCGGCUACGUCGUCGCUCUGGGCUGGAUCUCGAGCACACUGCCUCGUCCCGCCUCCAAGCGUGCUGCCGCUCUGGCCGGCAUUAACUGUGUCAGUAAUGCUAGCAGUAUCUACGCCAGUUACAUGUACCCCGACAGCGAUGCGCCGCGCUUUGUGCCCGCCAUGUCCGUCAACUGCGCCACCGCCUUUAUCGCUAUCGUCUCUGCUACCGUCCUUCGCUUCAUGCUGGUUCGUCUUAACAAGAAGCUCGACCGGGGUGAGGCCCUUAACGGCGGUGUGCCUGGACAGGCUAGCACUCGCGGGUUCCGUUUCCUGGUUUGA